AAGCGGAGGCACAGCGGCGGCCGCAGGCUAGGCACGGGUUGCGGGCCCAGGUGCCACCGCGGGUGCUUCCGACGUCCGCACCUCCUGCCCCCGGGCUACCGGCCUGUCCCCGCCCCUCCGCCUGCCUGCAGGUGAAGCAGCCAAGGCCGCUGAGUAGGUGCGUGGGGAUGAUCUCACCCGCGCGCUCCGCGCCAGGAGGAGGAGGAGCGGGAGCAAAUCCAACUUCCGGGUAGUGAAGCCGCAAGCCACCGGCAUCUUGCUUUUUCUUCCCCCCUCCCCCCACUGUACCCCUCGCCUCUCCCUCCUUUCUUUUUAUUCCCGGCCCCACCUGCCAAAAUGAACAGCUCGGACGAGGAGAAGCAGCUGCAGCUCAUCUCCAGUCUGAAGGAGCAAGAACAAAGUUAUUACAUGGAUUGAGAAAACUGCACAGGAUACAAAUGAACAUCUCAGUGAAUUAUUUUUAAAAAGCAACAAUAGGUGAAUAUGAAGACCUCAGAGCAGAGAACCAGAAGACAAAGGAGAAGUGUGACAAAAUUAGGCAAGAACGAGAUGAAGCGGUUAAAAAACUGGAGGAAUUUCAGAAAAUUUCUCACAUGGUUAUAGAGGAAGUGAAUUUUAUGCAGAACCAUCUUGAAAUAGAGAAGACUUGUCGAGAAAGUGCUGAAGCUUUGGCGACAAAGCUAAAUAAAGAAAAUAAAGCAUUGAAAAGAAUCAGCAUGUUAUACAUGGCCAAGCUGGGGCCAGAUGUAAUAACUGAAGAGAUCAACAUUGAUGAUGAAGAUUCAACCAUGGACCCUGAGGGUGCUGCCGAGACUUGUGUCUCAGUACAGUGUCAGAAACAAAUCAAGGAACUUCGAGAUCAAAUUGUAUCUGUUCAGGAGGAAAAGAAGAUAUUAGCCAUUGAACUGGAAAAUCUCAAGAGCAAACUUGUAGAAGUAAUUGAAGAAGUAAAUAAAGUUAAACAAGAAAAAGAUGUUUUAAAUUCGGAAGUUCUUGAACAGAGAAAAGUCUUAGAAAAAUGCAAUAGAGUGUCCAUGCUAGCAGUAGAAGAGUAUGAGGAAAUGCAAGUGAACUUGGAACUGGAGAAGGACCUUCGAAAGAAAGCAGAGUCGUUUGCACAAGAGAUGUUUAUUGAACAAAACAAGCUAAAGAGACAAAGCCACCUUCUGCUACAGAACUCUGCUCCUGACCAGCAGCUUUUGAAAGCUUUAGAUGAAAAUGCAAAACUCAUACAGCUCCUUGAAGGAGAGAGAAUUGAGCAUCAACAAACGGUCAAAAAAUUAGAAGAGCAGCUACAAAAUGAAACUCUCCGCAAAGAGAUGCACAACCUCAAACAGCAACUGGAGCUUCUAGAAGAAGAUAAAAAAGAAUUGGAAUUGAAAUAUCAGAAUUCUGAGGAGAAAGCUAGAAAUUUAAAGCAUUCCGUUGAUGAACUCCAGAAACGGGUGAACCAGUCUGAGAAUUCGGUACCUCCCCCACCUCCUCCUCCACCACCGCUUCCUCCUCCCCCUCCAAAUCCUAUCCGAUCCCUCAUGUCCAUGAUCCGGAAGCGAUCCCACCCCAGUGGCAGUGGUGCUAAGAAAGAAAAAGCAGCUCAACCAGAAACAGCUGAAGAAGUCACAGACCUGAAGAGGCAAGCAGUUGAAGAGAUGAUGGACAGAAUUAAAAAGGGAGUUCAUCUCAGACCAGUUAAUCAGACAGCUAGACCCAAGGCAAAGCCAGAAUCUUCAAAAGGCUCUGAAAGUGCAGUGAAUGAACUAAAAGGAAUACUGGGGACACUUAACAAAUCCACUAGUUCAAGAAGCUUAAAAUCCCUUCACAUUGAAAACAGUGAAACUGAGUUAGAAAGGAUUUUGCGUCGCAGAAAGUUGACAACAGAAGCAGAUAGCAGUAGUCCAACUGGAAUAUUAGCCACCUCAGAGUCCAAAUCCAUGCCAGUGUUGGGUUCUGUAUCCAGUGUAACAAAAACAGCCUUGAACAAGAAAACUCUGGAGGCAGAAUUCAACAGCCCGUCCCCCCCAACACCUGAGCCAGGUGAAGGGUCGUGUAAAUUGGAAGGAUGCACAAGUUCCAAGGUUACAUUUCAGCCUCCCAGUAACACUGGAUGCAGGAGACAAUACAUUGGCAGUGAAAAACAAGCUGAACCAGUUGUAGUUUUAGAUCCUGUUUCCACAUAUGAACCCCAAACCAAAGACCACGUUGCUGAAAAAGAUCCAACUCAACACAAGGAUGAUGAAGGUGAAAUUAAACCAGAAUACAAAGAAGACAGUGUUGAAAAAAUAAGAGAUACAGACAGCUCCAACUGCUGAUCCAUAAACCAGAAGGCGGAUGUGUCCAGAAGUCCUUUUUAACGAGCACAUGCUUUAGUUUUGGUGUAUUGGCAAGGGCUAUAGACAUUCUGUUCUUGUCACUGUAUUCAGAGUAUAGGUUCUUUUUUGAUGUCACUUUUGUAAGUUCACUUAUAAAUAUAAGUAAGCUAUUUAGCAAAGUACACAUUCUUUAUAGUUUUUUUAAUCUUUAUAGGAUAAGAUUUUUUUCUAGUUACUGUAUUAAGUGUGACUUCUUUUAGAAGUUUACAAAAAAUUCAUGUUAUCUUUUUAGGUAAUGUGCAUACCACUAAUCAACUGUAAUGAUGAAAGUUUGCAGCACUUGUGUAUAAUUGGAUAAACAGAAGUGACUAGGUUAAGGUGAUUUUAAAAGCCCCCAAAGAAGCUUCUGUUUUGGGUCUGAUCCUUUUUUGAUGGAGAAACUUCAGUAGCAUGGGAAUUGUUAGGCACUGUGGCAUACAAAUUACUUUCUAGGAUAUACUGAGAUAAGCUUAAAAUUCAGGAGCUGAUGUCAAACUAGUAGUCCCAUACCCAGUGUUAAUUACACACAUUAUUAACUGUGGGAUGAAAAACACAUACUAUUGAUUGUGUCCAAAGCCUCCCAAGGACUUUGGAGGGAAGGCUCUAGUGGCCAGAAGGCAGAAUUGAGGUGGAAGUCCAAACCCUGAAUUUAAUAGAGUAUUAUCUUGGUAAACCGUGUGUUCUGUGCUGUGAGUUAAUUGUGUUUUCUCAUGGACUCAUGUGGCACAAGGACCAUAUUUUAUCACAGUUCUUAUGUACAGUGGAGAUGGGUGACAAGCAUACAAUUGUCUUGCUUCACUGCUGUUCUACAUUACACAGGUUUGUUGUUCUUUUUAAAGAAAUUAGGUGGUAGUCUCUAAAAAUACAAUGUUUCAGUCUACCACAGUGAAUAAAUAGAAAUGUAAUCAGGGAUUUAAAAAAAAAAAAACCUUAUGCAGCUUUUCAAAGUUGAUUGUUUCAAAACUGAUGUUUGUUAAAAAUAAGUGGUAAUGUACUUGAGUGCAUUUUUUUAUGACAGUGAUUCAGUAAUGGUAAUUUUACUAUUAAAGAAAGUGAAAGGUUUAGUUUUGUUAGCAUAGCUCAGCAUGAAGCUGUCAGGUGUUUCUCACCUAAGGGCAAAAGAAAAUGAUAGUAAUAAUUGCAGUAGUUGUAUUUUAUUUUUGCACGUAUGCUAAACAUAGGCUUGAAAAGGUGGAUAGGCAGGUAAAUGUACUUCCUAAAUUUGGAGAUAAUUAUCUUUCUGUAGGCUCGUUAUGCUUGAUUGUUUCCAUGUUCUUCCAGUGAUGAUUUUACAGUUACUUAUCAGUUUACUCAUAGGGAAUUAUAAUGUAAUGUUUUUCAACUGUGAUUUCCCCUAAUUGAAUAAUACUGCUAUAUGAUAUACUAACUACAAACUGCAUUAAUUCACUUAAACAAGUUCUGUUAUGCUGUGAUUUGAACUCUCCUCACCACACUUAUUAAAAAGCACCAAGUUUCCCUUGUUAAA